AUGUCCUUUCUCAAUCUCUUCUUCCUCCUUUCCUUCUCCGCGGCCGCCGUUGCUCUUUCGCAGGACCCGAGCCCCACCAUCGCUCAGUGCACGACGCGGCUGCUUCCACUGGCGCCUUGUGGGCCAUUCGUGCAGGGCUCCAUGCAGUCGCCGGCCCAGCUGUGCUGUGACAACCUCAAGCAACUCUACACGCAGCAGCCCCGCUGCCUUUGCCUGCUGCUAAACGACACCACUUUGAGCUCGUUUCCUAUCAACAGCUCCCUUGCUCUGCAGCUGCCUCUGCUUUGCAGCGUCCAAAUAGAUAUCUCUGUUUGUUCAGCUGGGGUAAAUGGGUCUACUUCACCUGGCUCUCAAGUUUCUCUUGGAUCAACAGGCACCAACUCUAGCACACCCGUGAACUCUACUGCCGCUUCUCCAGUGAUACAAACCGUGCCAAGAUCAAAUAGCACCACUACGGGACAUGGGCUUGCAAAUAGUGGAGGCAUCAAUUUGAGGACUGGUAGUGAUUUUGUAGUGGUGAUGGCAUCUGCUUUCAUUACUUCUGUGCUCACAGAAGGCAUACUUUGA